AGGAGUCGUGCGCGCGCUUCCAACUGUCUGUGUGUGAGCGAGAGAAGAAGCGGCUCAAAACUUUUCCCUGACGGAUAAUUCAUGACAUAAAUCAGCUCAAUCGUGAAGGGAUUCCUGGAGUCACGCCAUGUUUAAGGCCGUGCUGAAAAAGAGCAGAGACGGUGGGAAAAACAAGAAGGAUGCAGGAGAGCCGUACCAGCUCAGUGCCCAGCGGAGGUUUCCCGGGGGUGUUCAUCCGUACUCGCCCACUGAUGAAGGCCUCAAACUCAGCCUGUCUAAAGGAGUCUCCAUGUCUCUGCCCUCGUCCCCUCUCUUGCCCCGACACACCUACGUGAUGGCAGCUCGGCCAAGCAAGAAGUCUCCAGGACCCGUUAGAAAGCCCAAGUAUGUGGAGGGUCCUCGUGUUCCUGGAGAUGCGCUCAUGUUGUCGUUGAGGAAGGAGCCCGACGGUACGACUGAGCUGGCCGGUCCAGGCCCCUCCCCCGCCACUCAGGAGCUGAUGACACGCUUGGGGUUCUUGCUGGGCGAAGGCAUCCCGGGCUCCGCGCGCAUACCUAUGGACGACAAGAAUGAGAAAAAGUGUCCAGUAAAUCAGGGAAUCAGUCCAUGCUCGACUCUAACCAGCAGCACGGCGUCUCCAUGCACAGAAAGCCCCUGCUCCACUUUAAACAGUAACAGCAGUCGCCCGUGCGGGACCAUCAGCAUCACCAGCCCCAGCUCCACCCUCGAGAGCAAAGACAGCGGCAUCAUUGCCACCAUCACCAGCUCCUCCGAGAAUGACGACCGCAGCGGCUCCAGUCUGGAGUGGGGUAAAGAGGGCAGUCUAAGGAUCAGCGCUCAGCAUGUGCUGGCACAGACGGCCACACGGGCAGACACGUGCUCUCCGGUGGCCGAGGAAGAAGCGUCAACGUCCGGGACAGUCUCCGUGGCUAAGAAGACUUCUGAGGGACCCGUCCACUAUCCCACACAAAGCUCGUCCAGUCUGAUGAUGCCUCGGCCCAACUCAGUCGCAGCAACAAGCUCCACUAAGCUGGAGGAUCUGAGCUAUCUUGAUGAACAGCGAAACACCCCCCUGCGCACGUCCAUCCGCCUGCCCUGGCACAACACCGGGGGCAGAGCUACACACGACAAAGCUCGCUUUGCUCCGUACAAGCCCACUGACAUCAUGCUCAAGCCACUGCUGUUCGAGGUUCCCAGCAUCACCACUGACUCAGUGUUCGUGGGCCGCGAUUGGCUGUUCCAGCAGCUCGAGGAUGACCUGAGGCCCAGCGAAUCAGGCGAGAGCUCCGGGUCCAUCCUUAUGGGCAACGUGGGAUUCGGCAAAACCGCCAUCAUCUCCCGCCUGGUGGCCCUCAGUUGCCAUGGCGGCCGCAUGCGACAGAUCGCAUCCAACAGCCCGAGCGCAUCUCCGAAAAGUGGGGAGCCGAGUUCAGAUCUGCCUCUGAGUCAACCGCCUCAGCCGACCCCCCCGCCCAGCGCCACCAACACCCUGCGCACCAGCAGCUGUCCCAGCACACCUGAGCUCCAGCGGCGCCGCGAGGAGGCCGUCAGACGUCUGGCUGCAAAGGUGGUGGCGUAUCAUUACUGCCAGGCUGAUAACACAUACACCUGCCUGGUCCCUGAGUUUGUGCACAGUGUGUCUGCUCUCCUGUGCAGAGCGCAUCAGCUGACCGCAUACAGAGAACUGCUGCUGAAAGAGACACACCUACAGAGCAUGCUCAGUCUGCGCUCCUGUGUGCAGGACCCCAUCGGUGCCUUCCGCAGGGGGAUCCUGCAACCGCUCAUCAACCUGCGCAAAGAGAGGAAGAUACCAGAGGAAGAUUGCAUCAUCUUGAUUGACGGGCUGAAUGAGGCAGAGUUUCACAAACCGGACUAUGGAGACACUGUCGCCUCCUUUAUCACCAAGAUCAUCUCCAAGUUCCCCAACUGGCUCAAACUGAUCGUCACUGUGAGAACAAGCCUUCAGGAGAUCACCAGUCUUCUUCCCUUCUCCAAGAUCAGCCUGGACGAAUUCUCAAACAACGAUGAGAUCACGACGGACCUGAACGCCUACAUACAGUACCGAAUCAACGGCAGCCAGAACAUACUCAACAACAUCUCCCUCAACGGCAAAGCCGACCCCGUCAUCGUGGGCAAAGUCAGCUCCCACCUGACCUCCCUCAGUCAGGGGUCGUACCUGUACCUCAAACUGACCCUUGACCUCUUCGAGAAGGGUCAUCUGGUCAUCAAGAGCGCGAGUUACAAGGUGGUUCCCGUCUCUCUGUCGGAGCUCUACCUUCUGCAGUGCAACAUGAAGUUCAUGUCUAACUCGGCGUUCGAGCGGUCCGUGCCGGUCCUCAACGUGGCGCUGGCGUCUCUUCACCCCUUGACGGAUGAGCAGCUGUUUCAGGCGCUGAACGCGGGCAGCGUGCGAGGAGAGCUGCUGUGGGACGACUUCCAGCAGAGGAUGGAGACACUCUCGUGUUUCCUCAUCAAACGGAGGGAUAAGACUCGGAUGUUCUGCCACCCGUCCUUCAGAGAGUGGCUGGUGUGGCGAGCGGACGGAGAGAGUUCGGACUUCAUGUGUGACCCCAGGAGUGGACAUGCACUGAUGGCCUUCAUGUUGUCCAGGCAGGAGGGGAAGUUAAACAGACAGCAGACUAUGGAGCUGGGCCACCACAUCCUGAAAGCACACAUCUUCAAGGGUCUGAGUAAGAAGACCGGUGUAUCGUCCAGUGUUCUUCAGGCCUUAUGGGUCAGCUGUAGUACUGAUGGUCUGUCUGCUGCUUUGGCCUCUCUUAGGAACCUCUACACUCCCAAUGUCAAGGUGAGCCGUCUGCUGAUGCUGGGUGGUGCGAAUGUCAACUAUCGUACGGAGGUGUUGAACAACGCCCCGGUCCUCUGUGUCCAGUCCCACCUGGGCCAUCAGGAGAUGGGCGCGCUGCUGCUGGAGUUCGGAGCAAACGUGGACGUGGUUUCAGAGAACGGCAUGAGCUCUUUGUGUUACUCAGCGGCCGCUGGUCAUCUGGGGCUGGUCAGUCUUCUCUGUAAGAGAGGAGCCAAGGUGGAUCACGUGGACAAGAGUGGCCAGUGUGCGCUGGUGCAUGCAGCCCUGCGGGGUCAUUCAGAGGUCAUCGAGUGUCUGCUGGAGCAGAGCUGGAGCACUGAGGGUCAACAUGACCUGAGCCUGAAGAACAAAGCCCUGCAGCAGGGGUUCAUAGCGGCCUGCAGUAUGGGACACAUUCAUGUGCUCGAAGGCUUGUUGAUGUUGAAUAAUGAACUGGCGGUGCAGAUUGAUACCCAUGACACACUGUGGGGAGAAACAGGUCUGACUGCGGCUGCGGGACGGGGGAAGCUGGAGGUGUGUGAGUUCCUGUUGGAGCGGGGGGCGCAGGUUCAGCAGGGGAACAGGAGAGGAGCGUGUGCCCUGUUCUGCGCAGUUCGACAGGGACACUGGCAGAUUGCAGAUCUGUUGCUGCAACAUGGGGCGGAUGUGAAUGUAAGUGACAAACAGGGCCGCACACUGCUGAUGGUGGCCGCGUGUGAGGGGCAUCUCAGCACGGCCGAAUUCCUCUUAUCUAAAGGAGCCUCUUUAGCGUCGGUGGAUAAGGAAGGGUUAACUCCCCUCAGCUGGGCAUGUUUAAAAGGACACAAGAACGUUGUGCAGUUUUUGGUGGAACGGGGUGCAGUAAUCGACCACUCAGACAAGAAUGGACGCACACCGCUGGACCUGGCAGCCUUCUACGGAGACGCUGACAUUGUUCAUUAUCUGGUUGAGAAGGGCGCUGUGAUCGAGCAUGUGGACUACAGUGGCAUGAGGCCGCUGGAUCGAGCCAUCGGCUGCAGAAACACCUCCGUUGUCCUCACCUUACUGAAGAAAGGAGCCAAACUAGGCUACAGAACGUCACCUUAUGAUCGAACAGGUAACGCAGCCUGGGCGAUGGCGACCUCCAAACCCGACAUCCUCAUCAUCCUCCUGCAGAAGCUCAUGGAGGAAGGAAACCUGCUGUAUAAGAGAGGGAAGAUGAAGGAAGCGGCUCAACGGUAUCAGUACGCGUUGAGGAAGUUUCCCAGAGAGGGAUUCGGUGACGAACUGAAGGCCUUUAAGGAGCUGCGCGUGUCUUUGUACCUUAAUCUCUCCCGCUGUCGUCGGAAAACCAAUGACUUUGGCUUGGCUGAGGAGUUCGCAACAAAGGCCUUGGAGCUCAAACCCAAAUCCUACGAGGCGUACUACGCUAGAGCCAGAGCCAAACGCAGCAGCAGACAGUUCAGCGCAGCGCUAUCAGACCUGCACGAGGCGUCCAAGCUCUGCCCGAACAACCGUGAGAUCUGCCGUCUGCUGGCUCGUGUGGAGGACGAGUGUAAACAGAUGCAGCGCAGUCAGAGCAAACCUCAGGAGCUGACCGUCCCACAGGAGGAGGAGGAGCGCGUCGAGGAGGAAGAGGACGAGGACGACGACUCUGAGGCCUGGUCCCAAAGUAUCUACUCGCUAAACAGAACUGCUAACGGCCGCUCGGUUUCCCCGCCUCACAAACAAAGCCUUCGACAUCCACACAGAGAAUCUGUGGCUCAAAAGAGCCUCAGCAAACAGGCGCAGAUAGUCAAAACCAACACACAGGUGAGUUCCUCUCGACCCACAAACACUAAAAGCCAGUCUCAGUACGCGCCCUCGAGUCCGAUCCCUAGCCGACACAUGUUGAAGGCCGGACCGGGCAUCGACAUCAGCCCGUUACCGAUCGCUACCACUGAUGCGGGACGCCACGAAAUCGAGGAUCUUCAUCAUGUCCAAGUGCACUCAUCCCUGGACGGGACCUGUGGAGCUCAAGAGGUCAGAAAAGACCCCAGCAUGAGGGUCUCCAGCUCCACCAGCAGCCUGGCGUCCAGCAGCAGUUUAUCAGAUAAAGGCCCGGAUGUGCGCGUCAAGGACAAACCUAAAAUCAGCCAGACUGGCUCUGUGGAGUAUAAACCCCGACCCUUCAUGGGGAUCAUGGACAAAACGGCCCGCUUCCAGCCGCCGGCGCCGGUGUCCCGAGGCUGGCAGAGUCACUCCACUGAAGGUCUCGUAGCGUCUGGCGAGAUUGUGUUCGCCAAACCGUCCGGGUCGUGUUACGAGCAGCUCAAGGGUCCUGCGAUCGGCCUGCACAACGGCAACCUGCACGCGAAAGAGUUCUGCCGUAAAGAGCCCAAACCCGCUCUGGCCAUGGCACAUUCAUUCACAGACAGUGUGCAGAAGCAGCCCGCUUCAGCUCGAGAAAACACCAUUCAUGUAGCGGCAAUCAAACCAAAGAGGUCGUUCAUUGAGUCUAAUGUGUAGGAAACACACUUCAGAUGGUGGCGUGUUUGUGUGUGUGUGUGCAUGCGCUACUGUUCAAAAGUUUGCAGCCGGUAAGAAAUAAAUGGAUUAAAUUGAUCAAAAGUGACAGUGAAGACAUUUAUAACGUCAGAUCUUUCCUUAGUCCUGAAGAAAUGAAGCAGCACAGCAUUGAUAAUCAACAUCAAAUCAGCAUAUUAGAAUGAUUUCUGAAGGAUCAUGUGACACUGGAGACUGGACAAAUUCAGGAAUAAAUCACAUCUGACUAGAUAUUCACUUAGAAAACAGUACAUUUGCAAUAUUACUGUAUUUUUUCCUGAUUACACUUCGGGGUCUAUACGACCUCAACAAUUGAUUAAUUGUACAAAAAA